AUGCUAAACGAUUCUAAUUUACUAUCUCUACCUGAUGCAUCUUUGUAUGAAAAGGAACCAGCCUUGGAUUUACCUUUAGAACUUACACAAGAAGGGCGUGAGAUUUUUCAAUUCAGUCUUAUUGGGAGAUUGAAUUUUAAAGGGUUAAAACUUAAUGAAGUUCAGAAAGUUUUAGAAGCGCAAUGGAAACUUGGUGAUAGGAGGAGUAAGUUGGUACCAAUGACAAAGGGUUUUUUCAUCAUCAAGUUAACUACAACUAAAGAUAAAAAACAUGUUUGGCAUGGUGAUACGUGGGUAGUGCAGGAUCAACAACUUAGGGUUUUCAAUUUUUACCCUAAUUUUGAUCCGGAGAGACAAAAUACUUCUUGUGCUACUGUUUGGGUAAGCUUCCCUGGAUUAUACAUUGAAUUAUGGACGAAAAUAAUUCUAUUAUCCAUUGCUAAAAUUCUUGGUAGACCGAUUGCUAUUGAUCAGAAAACUUUGGAUCAUGAUGUUGGGAACUAUGCUGUUGUGCUUAUUGAUAUUGAUUUUGCUAAACCAAUUCCCAAAAGAAUUCGUUUGAAAGCUAAUGGCAAUGAGUUUUGGAAAUAUGUAGAAGUUCAGGAUUUGGAGAAUAUCAAGUUUUGCACACAUUGUAAGUUUAUGGGUCAUAAGUUCGAAAAUUGUCUUGCUGCUCGCAAGCUUUUGGGAGGUUCUAAAUCUGUUGAGUCUCACAAAAAUCAGAUUCAAAAAUCCAAGGAUGGUAAAGAGGUUAGCAAUACAAAUAAAAAGUAUGCUUGGAGGGAAGUGCGUGGAAAGACUAAUAUGCAUGGUAAUUUGCAUGGCUCCCAUGCAGAUCAUGCUUAUCAGUCUGUAGAGUUGGGAAUUGCAGCAAGUGACAGUUUGCAGACCGGGAAUGAGAAUAUGACAUAA